ACAAAAUACAGCAAACUAAAUGGCAAAUCUUCUUCAAACCCUAAUUUCACUGCUUUCCUUCAUAGCCUUGCUCCUUGCCAUCGCCAAUACGGCGCGAUCGCAAACGACCUCCUUCACAUAUCAUUUCAACGGCCAGCAGCCGACCGACCUACUCUACCAAGGCGACGCCCACUUCCCAUCCGACUCCACCUACCUCCGCUUGAUCAACACCGAUGACUCAGGGAACCCGUUGCCAUACCGCGUUGGCCGAGCCGUGUAUUCCAACCCCAUCCAAUUUUGGGGAGACGGAGCGCAGGUCGACUUUGAAACCACCUUGAAAUUCAUCAUCAACCCGGUUGACUCAAACCCAGCGGAUGGCAUCACCUUCUUCAUCCAGCCCGUUGGCUCUCCACUCGGAGCCUCCGGCGGCGCCCUCGGAGUCUUCAGAGCGGAAAACCCCUUCGUGUUCGCAGUGGAAUUCGAUGCCUUCAUCAACGCUAAUGAUCCGAAUUACCGUCAUGUUGGGAUUGACAUUGGAUCAAAUGUUUCAAAAAAUACUACCGACGUCGGCGACGCAAUUCUUGGACAGGAGGUGACUGCACGCAUCAACUACCAGCAAGCUUCCAAAUUGAUCAGCGUUCAAGUCAUAACAGGCUCACAAACUUUCGAACUGAGCUAUGUUUACGACUUGAGCACCCUUCUUCCUCAGCAGGUUGAGGUCGGACUCUCCGCCAGCACAGGAGGCGCAGUCGCCGUUUUUGACGUCAUAGCUUGGUGUUACUCUUCAACUCUUAGGCAGACGACCUCUUUCCAAUAUGAUUUCAACGGCGAGCGGCCGACCGACCUAAUCUACCAAGGCGACGCCCACUUCCCAUCGGACUCCACCAAUCUCCGCAUGAUCAACGCAGACAGCUCAGGCCGCCCGUUACAGAACCGCGUUGGCCGAGCCAUCUAUUCCAAGCCGAUCCAAUUUUGGGGAGACGGAGCGCAGGUCGACCUCGAAACCACCAUAAAAUUCAUCAUCAACUCGGUUGACUCAAACCCAGCCGAUGGCUUCACCUUCUUCAUCCAGCCCGUAGGCAACCCAAUUGGAGCAUCCGGUGGGGCCUUCGGAAUCUUUGGAUCGCAAAACCCCUCGGUAUUCGCGGUGGAAUUUGACACCUUCAUCAACUCUGGUGAUCCGAAUUACCGUCAUGCUGGGAUUGACAUUGACUCAAAUGUUUCAAAAAAUACAACCAACGUCGGCGACGCAUUUCUGCUUGGGCAGGAGGUGACGGCUCGCAUCAACUACCAGCAAUCUUCCAAAUUGAUCAGCGUUCACGUGACGGCAGGCUCGGAAACUUUUGAGGUGAGCUAUGUAUACGACUUGAGCACCUUUCUUCCUCAGCAGGUUGAAGUCGGAAUCUCCGCCAGCACAGGAGGCGCAGUAGCCGUUCACGACCUCAUAUCGUGGUAUUUCACUUCCACUCCUGUGCAAACCAGUGCUAACUGUGAACUGGAGGACGCCAAACUUCGCCAAUAUGUGUGAUUUGUGUUUUUUUUUGUUUUAGUGUAUGUGUGAGCGCGUGUGUCAGUGUGCAUGCUAAAUAAGGACGCACCGUAAAAAAAUAAGGCUAAUUACUUACCAUCUUAUUGUUGUAUUAAUUCUUCUCCAUGUGACGAGAUGGGAAUGGAAUUAGUUUGUGCUUUUGAGUA